AUGGGAUGGGGCCAUGGAAUUGGGGCAAUCAUCCUGCCGGUAUUCGCAAUGCCCAUAUAUGGCUUGCUGGCCUAUAACCUGCGCCGAGCCGAGAAGGAAGGAAACCACCCCCAAAACGUUCAAUGUGCAACAACUUUGGAUAUACAGUCCCAGGGGGGUUUUCUGUUCGCUGGUGGCUUCGUCAUACUUCUCCUUCCCUGUACAUCAGCCAGUACUGCUCCCCAUGGCUAUCAGUCGGGCUAUAUCAUUACCAUAACUGUGGUGGGUUGGAUUAUUAUUAUUGGAUUUGGAUUAUAUGAGGUUUGCCUCGCUCCCGUGCCGUUCCUGAAAUACAAGAUUCUCACCGACAGAAUUAUCCUGAGUGCAUGCCUUCUGGAUAUGACAUAUCAGAUAUCUUGCUAUUGCUAUGCCAGUUACCUCUCAUCCUUUCUGCAGGUGGUGUAUGAGCUAGACGUUACCACAGCUAGAUAUGUCGGCAACACCUUCAGCGUGGUCUCCUUUGUCUUCUGA